AUGGAUGUUGCUCAAGCCCAAAUACGUACUAUUAGUGUACCGGACGUCUUGGGUGAGGACUGCCAGCGGCGUUUCCAAAUUUUUCUAGAGAGCCAUAAGGAAAACAACGUCUCUAAGUACAUUGAGGAUGCAAAGGAACUGAAACAGCUUGAGAAAAGCACAUUGUCCGUGUCCUUUGAUGAUUUGUUGAUGUAUGAUAGCAGAUUUGCGUCUUUGAUUGAGGAUGAGUAUUUCCGUGUUUAUCCUUAUUUAUGUAAUGCUGUGAAAAAUUUCAUAAAUGAUCAGGUCCCUGAUACAUUAAAUUCGGGUCGUGACUUCUACGUGAACUUCACAAAUAUUUCGACUCUUCACAGGUUACGCGAGCUAAAUGCUCAGCAACUCGGUAAACUUGUUAAAAUUCGAGCUCAAGUAGUUCGAUCUCACCCUGUUCAUCCCGAACUUACCCUUGGCACAUUUAAAUGUUCUGAUUGUGGCACGGUUAUUCGUAAUGUUGAACAACAAUUCAAGUACACACAGCCAAGUGUCUGCUUCAACCCCCAGUGUGCAAACCGUAUCAAGUUUGAAUUAUUGACAAAUCAGUCAAAAUUCGUGGAUUUCCAGAAAGUGCGUGUUCAAGAAACUCAGGCAGAGGUAUCUCGUGGAAGCAUUCCUCGAAGCAUGGAGGUACUACUUCGUGCAGAUGCCGUUGAGUUAGCUCAGCCGGGUGAUAGGUGUGAAUUUAUCGGCACAUUAAUAGUGGUUCCUGACGUUGGGCAGCUCGCUUCACCAGGUACACGGUCACUUGAAAGAAAAGGUACGAGAACAAUCGACGGACAGGAAACCGGUAUUUCAGGCCUAAAAGAUCUGGGCGUGCGGGAACUUACGUACAAAAUUGCCUUUUUCGCAUGCACUGUCGUUCCUGCCAAUGGCCGUUACCUUCCAUCCGAUGAUUUGGAGUCUGCAGACGGUAUUUCGUACGAAGCGAUGUCGAAACGUUUGAAUCAGGCCGAACUUGAUACUAUUUGUAACAUGAGCCAGGAUAAGAAUCUCUUCUCAAACCUCUGUGCCUCACUUUUUCCAACAAUUCAUGGUAGUGAAGAAGUUAAAAAGGGUCUUCUCCUUAUGCUUUUCGGUGGAGUUCCUAAGGUUACAGAGGAGGGUACGCACUUGCGUGGGGACAUCAAUGUUUGUCUUGUGGGUGAUCCCUCUACAGCAAAGUCGCAGUUUCUCAAGCAGGUAGAACAGUUCUCGCCUAGAGCUAUAUACACCAGCGGAAAAGCGAGUUCUGCUGCUGGUUUGACGGCUGCAGUUGUGCGCGAUGAAGAGUCCUUUGAGUUCGUCAUCGAAGCUGGUGCACUUAUGUUGGCUGACAACGGCGUUUGCUGUAUCGAUGAGUUUGACAAAAUGGACAUACGAGACCAGGUCGCCAUACAUGAGGCCAUGGAGCAGCAAACAAUCUCUAUCACGAAAGCCGGCGUCAAGGCGACUCUGAAUGCGCGUACUUCCAUCCUUGCUGCUGCCAACCCCAUUGGUGGUAGGUAUGAUCGCUCACGUUCCCUUCGACAAAACAUUGGAAUGUCGGCUCCCGUCAUGUCGCGCUUCGACCUUUUUUUUAUCCUUGUUGAUGAAUGCAAUGAUGUCGUGGACUAUGCGAUUGCCAAGUCCAUCAUAGACUUGCACAUGGGUCAUGACACCCAAGUUUCAGCUUCGAAAAUCUAUUCAUCCGACGAUAUACGGCGCUACAUCGCCUUCGGUCGUUGCUUCAAGCCAAAGAUCAGUAUCGAGGCCAUGCAAUUCAUGGUGGAAGAGUACAAGAAACUUCGUCAGCGUGAUGCCUCAUCUGCUUCUAAAUCGGCAUGGCGAAUUACCGUACGCCAACUGGAAAGCCUUGUUCGUCUUUCUGAAGCAGUCGCUCGUCUUCAUUGCGCUGACACAGUUACGGUACCCUUCGUGCGUGAGGCCUUCGCUCUUUUAAACAAGUCAAUUAUCCGUGUCGAACAACCUGAUAUUAAUUUAGAGGAAACUGAGGAACAUGCCGAGGUUCAACCAGCUGCUGAAGGGACCUCCGCCAUGGAAGUUGAGCAGGCGAGCUUCUUUUUGAGUCAUGCCUCGUUGUUUUCUGUUAUUUACACUCCUCAACCUUGUGUUGAGGGAAUUUCGGCAGAGCAAAAUGCCCCAAAUCAACAGCAUCUGCGCAUUACCUAUCAACAAUACCGACGCAUAGCUGAUCUCUUGAUCCUUGAAACUCGGCGUGUAGAGGAGUCAGGAUUUGUUACCUUUAGCACAGAAGGCACCGAACAGUCAUCGGAACAAACCGCUAUUCGCAAGAGUCAAUUAAUUAACUGGUACCUCGAAGAAAUCGCUGCUGAAACACUUCAUUCUGAAGCUGAUCUUAUUGCGUGCAAACUCAUGAUUGAACGUAUUAUUGAUCGUCUUGUAAAGAAGGCAUCGCCAUCCUCUGUAACAUUCCGGCUCAAUGACUCGAACUCGGACACAUUGUUUUACCUCUGUUCAUUUGGGUCCACCGAAGUUCCAUCACAGGUCUCGUCAUCAAAGUUUAUCCUCAUUGAUGUGCGGGAUCUGCCAAGCAACCAUUCGGGCAUCGUCCACACUGCAGAGGCUCGGAUAGAGAAUGUUCGGAAGAAUUUUCCAAAAGCCCAGAAUACCACGGCCAAGUUAAUUUUGCUUAUGUUGGAGGACAAAACCGGGAUCUACAAACUUGCCGAUUUACUUGAAAUCAAUAUGGUUUUGGCUGUCACGGAUAACAUAACCGUUGAUGUCGCCGAGCCUGUCUCAGCUUUCGUUGGCCGUGUGUUCUUUGUGCAAAGUGAUGCUAUCAUGAAACUUGACAAGCAUUUACAGUCUAACUCAGCUUCUGGAUUAAUCCUUGACAUCGUUGAAACCGCCUCAAUAGGAGUUGGUUAUGGAAUUCUGGCGUUUUUAAUUCUCAAAGUGUUAAGUCUUUCUAGCAUCAUCAUCGCCGGACUGAUAGUUUUAAAAAACAACGAAGAUCUUCUCGAGAUGGUACACAAAAUUCGCUCGGAUGCAUCAGGCCACCCAUUUAUGAGGGCCAUCAUUCCCAUCCUCUUCCUCGUCUGCAGUAUUUCAAUUAUUCUGUUGGCCUACUUCUUCUAUGACGUCAUAGUGUACUUUUUCAUCGCCUUGUUUGUAAUUACCGGUGCUUCGUCGAUGUCUUUUCUCACCUCGACUGUAUUAUUCAUGAAAGCGCCAGCACUUGUCGGUUGGAUAAUGCAGGACAUCAUCGGCGUUUUUAUAAUUAUCGAAAUUUUGACUGACUUCUCGGUUCUAGUUUCCUUUAAGCUGAUCUGUGCUGGCUUCUUUGUCUUCGUUGCGUAUGACGUAUUUUUCGUUUUCCUAACCCCCUUCUUCGGUAAGAACCAGUCGAAUGCUUCAAUUACGCUGCCAUCGAAUUCCCACGAAAUUCUCACGCGUAAUCGACGCAGUAUCGCGUCCCCGGGGGAAAGCAUAAUGGAAGCGGUGGCCACGGGAUCUGCGGGCUCGUCAGGUGAAUUAAUGCCUCUCGUAUUCAAGGUAUCCAUGCACAUCUUUGCGAACGAAAUCAAUUUGUGUCACAAUAGUAGGGACUACGUCCUUCUCGGCUUCGGGGAUGCCAUCCUCCCAGGUGUUCUCUGCGUUUUGCUUGCUUUCUACGAUGCUUGCUGGAAACGGAGGGUGCCAUGGAAUUUCCUAUCCUCAUUAUUAGGUUACGCUCUUGGUGGUUUGGUUGCUGCUGGUGUUCUUUUCGGCACAAAGUUGGCUCAGCCGGCCCUGCUUUACCUCUGUCCCCUUACCCUGGGUACGACAGUCUUGUGCGCUUAUCUGCGUGGUGGGUGUGCUGAACUUCACGGUCUCUGGAGCACUAAUUUGCCCGCGCUCAUAACCACUUCGAGGGUUUUAGAUGAGGACACGAUGAGGUCGGACGAGCGCGCGAUUUACCUUACCUCCUCCACAUUGCCAGACCCACAAACCAACGCUCCCAUCGACGUAUGGAAAAAGGGAGCAUUUCAUCGUGAUCGUUUUGCUAAUGCAUAG